GCCCCUGCCCCGCGGCCUUGGGCGCGCGCGCCGCGAUGGCGGCGGGCCAGCGUGGCGGCGGGUUGCUGGGCCAGGCGCUCCCGCUCCCGGGCUUCUCAGGGGUCGCCGGCGCGCCGCACGCCGCGGGCCAGCCCGGCGCGGGCGGCUCCAGCGGCUCGCGCUCGGGGGCGCCGACGUACCGGCCGGUGGCGGUGCCCUGCGGAGCCAGUAUCGUGAACGACCUGCCUGCCAUUGUGCACCUCAACGUGGGUGGCUCCCGGUUCAUGUGCACCCUGGGCACGCUGCAGUCGGACCCCCACUCGAUGCUCGGGCGCAUGUUCUCGGGAGAACACCCAGUGCUGCGCGACGAGGACGGCUCGUUCGUCAUCGACCGAGACGGCCGCCACUUCCACCACAUCACCACGUACUGAACUACCUGCGCGACGGCUCCGUGCCCCUGGGCCUGCCGCGCGUGGACCGCCUGGAGCUCCUCCGGGAGCUCGACUUCUACGGGCUGGCGGCGCUGUACACCAUCGUGGGCGGCCCGACGGUCGCCGCCGCGAGGAUGUCUGGCGGCGGCGACGGGCUGUGGCUGCAAAACCUCACGUACGAGCUGGCCUGCGCGGAGGCCUCCGACUUCUCGGCCAGUACGCACAGCCACCGGCCUCGCCCCUCCCGCUCGGUCUACGCGCGGCUGCGGUACGGGCAAGAGUACAGCGGCGACUGGAUCGUCUCGUCGCCCAGGAACCUCGCCAACGUGAAGUACGAGCUCUACGACGCGUGCCUCGCCCGAGAUCCCAUCACCGCCCUCAACAAGAUGGGGGCUGCAGGCUUCAGACCAUGCACAGACCCCCCCGAGAUCCCGGUCUCCUCCCGCUGCAACUCCGACUCCUGGGAGAUCAUGAUGUACAAGGACGUGUGGCAGUGAGCCCUGGCGGCGGGCUCCGCCCGCGCCUCCGCGCCCCGCGCGGGCGCGCCUCUGCGGCCGCUUCCCCCGCACGCCACCUCUCGGGCCCUCCUCCUUCGACCGAGUGCGGGUCCUACCCGUGCGGGCCUAAUCGAAGUCGGGGUAUAAUCGGACGCCU